AGUGACUGACACAGCCGCCAUUUUCCCGCUGGACGCUCGGCUCCCAUUGUGUGAACGACAGUAAAAAUACUGACACGGCCAGAAUAGCCAAACAUUUAUUUCACCAUCUGUAACCGCCCUUUUCACAGGUGAUCUUCAGGUGCCAUGGCCCGUACCAAGCAGACCGCUCGUAAGUCAACUGGAGGCAAGGCCCCACGUAAGCAGCUGGCCACCAAGGCUGCCCGCAAGAGUGCGCCCUCUACUGGUGGAGUCAAGAAGCCCCAUCGCUACAGGCCCGGUACCGUGGCCCUGCGUGAGAUCCGUCGGUACCAGAAGUCCACUGAGCUGCUGAUCCGUAAGCUGCCCUUCCAGCGGCUGGUGAGGGAGAUCGCCCAGGACUUCAAGACCGACCUGCGUUUCCAGAGCGCUGCCAUCGGGGCCCUGCAGGAGGCCAGUGAGGCGUACCUGGUGGGGUUGUUCGAGGACACCAACCUGUGUGCCAUCCAUGCCAAGCGUGUCACCAUCAUGCCCAAAGACAUCCAGCUGGCACGUCGCAUUCGUGGGGAGCGUGCUUAAAUGCCACCCUCUUCUCCUUCUCCCUGUCCUCACUGAGCUAGUCUGUCUUCCCCUCCCUUUAUUAAGCUCCCUCUCCCCAGUCCCAUUCUUUCGUUGGUAGUGUGUAGAGCAACAAUAAUUAUGGCGAGAAUAAAGUGUAUAGUUGUGUCUUUCUUAGUGCUGUUGGCGGCAGACCUUUAGGGUACCUUUUUGUGCAUGUACCUGCUUGGUGCUGAUCAGAUUCACAGACACACAGAAACAUGAAACUGACCAAUCCUGUGCUUGCUUGUCCAUCUGUCUGUCUGUGUGUGCAGAGGGAGUUGGUGAGGUCAGCUCUUUCAGUUACAAAGUAGGGAGUCAUUCAGAGAGAAUGGGGCAGUUUGACAGACAGGAGGGUUGAAGUACAGACAGGUGGACGGAACAGGAUGGAGGCGGUCAGGGUUUAUCUGCUGAGGCGUGGCAACUGCCUCAGCAGGGUGCUAGAAGAACUGCCCUGGCCGGUCCUUCUUGCCCCAGAAUACCUGAGAGAUCUGUCAGGGGUAUUUGUGUGUUGGAGGAUGGUCUUUAUUUCUGUGUGUUGGUGUAGGUGUUGAUCAGCGCAGCAAAUUGUAUUCUACUGCAAGUAUCUCUUGGUUGAGAAAAUGUUUAUUAUAUUGAUGAUUAUUGUUGUUAUGGUGGGUUUUUUUUUCCUUUUUUUAAUGCAUACAUGUCUGUUUUCACAGCUGCAAAGAAGAAUUUUACGAUGCAAAUUUUUUACAAGUAACAGUGACAAUGCAGAAAAAAAAUGUUUUUAACGAAAAUGAGGAAAUAUUAAAACUUAAAUCUCCGCUCUACUCUGUCGACCAGUUGGGGACACUGUAUGUCAGCUCCUUAUUUUAUUGCCAAUAAUACAUCAAUACUCUGCACCCUUUUCUUUCCUGUUUUAUUACAAAAUUGGCUUUAAAUGGCAUAAUGUAAAUUUGUUGCCAAAGCAUUUCGAGACAUAGGAUAAAAUUAUGUAGCAAAAAUAUAUCUUGGCAUCAUUUUCACUCAAAUGUAAACUCCUUUUCCUUUUUUUUACCUCCCUGAUCUCUUCCAUCCUUUUCUGUUUAGUUUCUCCCUUUUCUCAGGUUGGUGUGAUGCCCUUCUAACUUAUCGUUACUUCUUAUUUUGAUUGAAAAAUGUUCAAAUGUUUAAAGCAGAUCUUUGUAAUUUCCAGAUUUCUCAUAUAAGAUGGUAAUAAAUAGAUGUUACACAAAUA